AUGAAGGCGACGAAGAGCGAAUUCGCCAAUAGGGUUGAGGAGAUGAUGGCCACCAAAAGGCAACGCUCGAUCGAGAGUGCCAAGGACACUCCGGCGGGCAAGCGGCAACGCGGGCCCAAGGUGGUUAUCCCUCAAUCCACGAAGACGAAGAAGGCCAAGGUGAGCGACGUGUCUAAGAGGCACCUCAUCGUGGCCCUGAUCGACCGCAGCGACGAAAAUGGAAAGAUGACGGCGGCGCAGUGGAAACAGGUACACGCCCAGCUGGUCGACUGCCUUUUCGCGCGAUUGGAGGACGCGCCGGACGCUUCCAUGCCCACCUUCGACGGUGCGGGAUGGCUGAACGGGGUAAAGAUCCUCAAAUGUAAUGAUGACCCGACGAGGAAGUGGCUGUUGCAAGUGGUGCCCAAAUUGGAAGCUCUGUGA